GUAACUAAUGUCAAGCGCGUGUUUGUCGAUCGAAUCCGUAGACUGUCAUGGAUGGACGCUCGCACCAGGAACAUUUCGAUUCAAAAAGCGAGCAACAUUGCACUAAGCAUUCCUAGAGUAGCGGACCAUACAUCGUCGUCGAACAAGUCAUCCGUGACCUUACCAGACCUGCAAGGAGACUUUCUGGACAUGGUUUGCACGAUCGUGGACGCCGUCAGGAACGACGAAGACCUCUUCAUCGGCCAAGUGAUUGACAGGAGUGAUUCGGUAACGGUGCACUCUAAUGUUAACGCAGUUUAUACCUAUAGUCUAAACGUGGUGAACAUAAACGCGGCACUUUUGGUACUACCUUUCUACAUGGACGAUCUCCCGGUGCCACUGAACUACGGUGGUAUCGGAACUAUUGUAGCGCACGAGAUAAUACACGGAUUCGACGCUAGUGGACGCCUCUACGACGAUAUCGGGGAAUUCGAGGACUGGUGGAGCAACGAAACGAGUUCCACCUACAGAGAAAUCUCGGCUUGUUUCCAGGAACAGAUGCAGGCACUGUCCCCACGAUCCGGCUCCGUCACACUCGAAGAAAACCUUGCGGACAAUGGAGGAGUCCGCUGUGCAUUCGAUGCCUACGUGUUUGCGGCUAGUCAAGACCGUAGGAUAGUACAACUCAAAGGACUCGACAGCUUCGAAGAGGACCAGCUGUUUUUUCUGAAUUACUGCUACAAAUUCUGCGGGGUCAACCGUGAUGUACGUCCUGGGAAGCGCGGAGGAGAGUCAUCCUAUCCCGUGGGGCGACUGCGCUGUAAUGUGCCCUUGAUGAACCUUCCGGAAUUUUCGAACGCCUUUGACUGCGAGCCGGGAGCCGCGAUGAAUCCGUCUGAAAGAUGUUCCGCCUGGUAG